UAAACAUGAGAGGAGUUUGUACGUUUGAAAGUAAGCGUUUUUCGUAUAGGAUCUUUCAGUGAAAAGUUUUGAGAAAAGAAACGGAGUUGUUUCUUUCAGCUGUUCUUCGAGAGGGAUGUUUGAGCUAAAAGGAGGAUGGAACAUUUCUUUCGCCGGUUGCGGAUUUUUGGGUAUCUAUCACAUGGGGGUGGCCAGCUGUUUGCUGGAGCGAGCCCCCUACCUUGUUAAGGGCGCCACGAAGAUCUACGGGGCUUCCGCCGGUGCGCUUACUGCCUCGGUGCUGGCCAGCGGCGCUUCCAUAGCAAAGUGUUGUGAAGAUGUGAUAGAGGUGGCCAAGGAGGCCCGAAAACGGAGCCUGGGUCCCUUGCACCCCAGCUUUAACCUGGUGAAGGUACUCCGGACGGGGCUGAACCGUGACCUUCCGGACAACGCCCACGUGCUGGCCUCCGGGCGCCUCUGCGUCUCCCUCACGCGGGUGUCCGACGGGGAGAACGUGCUGGUGUCCGAGUUCAGCUCCAAGGAGGAGCUCAUCCAGGCUUUGGUGUGUAGCUGCUUCAUCCCAGUCUACUGUGGUCUGAUCCCUCCCUCUUUCAAAGGAGUGCGGUACGUUGACGGAGGCAUCAGCGACAACCUCCCACAGUACGAGCUGAAGAACACCAUCACCAUCUCCCCCUUCUCCGGAGAGAGCGACAUCUGUCCCCGGGACAACUCCUUCAACCUCCACGAGGUGCGCUUCACCAACACCAGCAUCCAGGUGAAUCUGGGGAACAUGUACCGGCUAACCAGGGCGCUGUUCCCACCUGAGCCCAAGAUAAUGGCUGAGAUGUGUCAGAGUGGAUACAAGGAUGCACUUCGGUUCCUCAAAGAGAACAACCUUAUAAAGCUGGAGUACCCCUCUGCCGGGCUCUUUGUGAAGGAGGCGAAACACCCGUCGCCCACCUGCUGCUGCUCUGGGGUGAAGAAUGGCCAAUCAGCGCCCGGGAAGCCUGUCGUCACGGAGACCACCAGGGAGUGGCUGCUGCGGAGACUCCGCCUCCUGAGAAAGCGGCACUGGUGGCUGGACGAACAGAUCAUCGAAAACCUGCCGCCCCCUCUCAGAAAAGUGUUCUGCGAGGCCUGCAGGGAGACACAGGGCCUGUACGCCCAGGUGACAGGCCUUCUCCCGGUGCGUAUGGCCUCCUACAUGCUGCUGCCCUACACACUGCCUGUGGAGUCGGCCUACUCUUUCACUCAGAGGCUGGUGGAGUGGAUGCCGGAUGUGUCUGAGGACGUGAGGUGGCUGUUUGGGAUGGCUGGAGCAGUGUACAGGCAGGCGUGGAGAGGAGCAGUUCCAGAUGCUGCCAGGGAGACUCCGCUGAGGAAGUGCGUGACUGGGCCUCCAGCCCCAGGCCUGCGGGGGCCACGUGUGGAAAGGGAUGGACACCUCUCCUCUGUGGACCUCCCCAGCCGCUACUGGGACAUCCCCACUGCCCCACCCCUGCCCCCCACCCCUGGCUCGCCUGGGACUCCCAGUCCCACGCCCAAGCAGAUUUGUUUCUUUGUUGGCUCGCAAGAGGAACUUUACCCGACUAACGCAGGGACUUAAUGUCUUUUCCAGCAGAGAAAAGUAGUGUUGUUCUUAAGUUUUGUUCCUGGUUGGAUGAUAUUGUCUCUUAUCAGUUUUCUGUCAUCUUGCCAUCUACAGGCCUACAGCUGUGUGGAUGACUCUGACCUCUGUCUUUGCUACCACUUCCUGUGUUUUUUCAGGGACCAUAAAAGAGGGGUUUAUGGGACUGCACUGUAACGUUGGUUUAGGAAUCCUCACAGCAGUAUUAGAACAAGAUAUGAUGGUCAGACAUACGAUGAACUGAAUUUAUG